AUGACAGUCACCCGCACACAGGCGGGUAAAACACCCAGAAAAACAGUGCGGCCGGACUAUGUCGAAACCCCUGGGGUGUAUGCGAAGCGUCGGUCGCGUAAAUCGCUGGCCGUCGUCGAGGAGCAGGGCGUGCACGUUCCCAUCAUUGCUCAGCACGAGGACAAGGACAAGGACACGAUGGCCUUUGCGAAGCGACGCGUCGACAGCGUCGAACCGGAAACCAUGAACGGGCAUGCCAAUGGACAUAUCAAACCGACGGCAAAUGGACACAUCAAGACAGAAAGUCAAGAGAAGGCCUCCGCGGAGCGAGUAGUGGACGGAUGGCGACCGGGAAUGGACCCCCGAGUCGAUACCUCAGGACAUUUCGAAUUUGGAGGACCAUGGGGAGUGACUGCCAUGAUGGUUGGCUUUCCGUUGCUGAUGUACUACAUGUGGAUUGGUGCCACGUACUACGACGGCAAAUUCCCGACUCCCAGAGACGGCGAGUCUCCCAAAGAAUUCCUCUACAAUCUCUUCCGCAUGGCCUACUAUGGCGCAUGGCCGUCAACAAAAGCCUGGGCCAUUUACUGGACCUUCUGCAUCUUCGAGAGCGCUUGUUAUUGCUUGAUGCCCGGGAUCUGGACCAAAGGCAAGCCCUUGCCCCAUGAGAACGGACGCAGGCUGGACUACUAUUGUAGCGGCAUGUGGUCCUGGUGGGCGACCAUCAUCGUGGCUCUGGGGCUUCAUUUCUCGGGCCUCUUCAAGCUCUACACCAUCAUUGACGAGUUUGGCCCGAUCAUGUCGGUGGCUAUUAUUUCCGGCUUCGCCGUGGCAGUCAUCGCAUACGCUUCGGCCAUUUAUCGAGGCAAGCAGCACCGGAUGACGGGGUAUCUGAUGUACGAUUUCUUCAUGGGUGCAGAGCUCAACCCCCGCAUGUUUGGAAUUCUGGACUUCAAGAUGUUCUUUGAGGUUCGCUUGCCAUGGUACAUCCUUUUCUUGAUCACGCUGGGCACCGCUGCCCGACAGUAUGAGCUGUAUGGGUACGUCUCCGGCGAGGUCGGAUUCUUGGUCAUGGCGCAUUUUCUCUACGCGAACGCGUGCAGCAAGGGCGAAGAACUCAUUGUACCCACCUGGGACAUGUACUACGAAAAAUGGGGGUUUAUGCUGAUCUUCUGGAACCUGGCCGGCGUGCCCCUGACCUACUGCCACUGCACCAUCUACCUGGCCAACCACGCCCCAAGCACCUAUGUGUGGAACAAAUAUGCGCUUGCUGCUUUGUAUGUGGCAUACUUGUUUGUGUAUUGGGUUUGGGACACCACAAACAGCCAGAAGAACCGCUUCCGGUCAAAGGAGUCGGGCGGUGCCUUUACCCGAAAAGCCUUUCCACAGCUACCCUGGCAGACAGUUGAGAACCCCAAAGUCAUCAAGUCGGAGCAUGGAGGAACCAUUCUUGCCGAUGGCUGGUACGGCUAUGCGAGGAAGAUCCACUACACCUGUGACCUCUUUUUUGCCCUUUCAUGGGGAGCAGUGACGGGAUACAGCUCGCCCUUCCCAUGGUUCUAUCCUCUCUUCUUCACGGCCAUGAUCAUCCACCGGGCCGCACGAGACAUCCAGAAAUGCCGGAAGAAGUACGGCAAGGCAUGGGAGGAGUAUGAGAGACAAGUCCCGUAUUUGUUCAUCCCUUAUGUAUUCUAG